CACAGGCUCCUCGCCAGUUUCCUCGCUGUUGUCCUCGAAUGUUCAUUGAUUCGUGCUUUCUGGUGCAAGCUGGCGUGUGUGUUCCUCGUAUCAAGUUCCCACAUGUUUUUUUUACGCACGCUAACGUCAGGAAUUAGCUGACGAGUAAGGUGAUCCUAGUGCGCGUUGAAGAGAAGAACGCGCACGCGGACGACGGUAACCGUCCACGGUUAAUGCAGCGAGAUGAGCAAAAAGCGAAACAGACAACCGGACGUGAACGCGGAAGUCAGCGAAGCCUCCACGGAGUCUUGCGAGGAGGCGAGCACAGUAGGUGCAAAAUGUCCACACAUAGCAAAGGCUAUUAACCUGACGAAAGUAAAGAAGAACAUAAAGAAGACUGGUAUAGACGAAUGUUCCAUGUGCAAGAAGUUGGAGUUAGAUUUUAAGAAAAGAGAUGAGCAGCAUAUCACGAGGCUGCUGUGGGUUUGUUUACAAUGUGGGGAAUUAAGCUGUGGUAAGGAAGAAGGUCAGCAUGCUCUCAAUCACUACAAAAGACCCCAUAGCGAUUGCCACUGUAUGGUGGCGGAUACUUAUCAUUGGAAUGUUUGGUGUUAUCAGUGUGAUGUUGAAGUUCAUCCCAGUAGCAGGAAAAAGCUUCUUGAAAUUGUGGAAUUUAUAAAAAAAUGUGUAACCAUGCCACAUAUACCUCAACAAUCAAAAAUGCCUGUGACUCAGUGCCAAAAAGAAAUGAUGGUCGAUGUACAAGACAAGGAAAAGCAUAAAACUUUGAACAAUCUUCCUAGAGUUGGGGGCUUAGCGAACCUAGGAAACACUUGCUUCUUCAACGCAGUGCUCCAAUGUCUGGCACAAACACCUUAUUUGGUGAAGGUGCUGGAUGAUCUACGUCUACCUGGCCAGAAAUUUGUCUUACCAGGUGGAAAGCACAAGCUUGCUGAUGCUGAGGAUGAGGUGGAUUUGCCACCAAUUGAAGGUACUUUGGAGCGAUGGGGCAGUUUCACGUCAGUUCUUUGUGAAACCCUGUCAAAGAUGCAGAAUACCAAUGGUCAUCAGACAUAUACGCCCGCGAAUCUUCUUUGCAAACUUAAGAAAAAGACUACGCAGUGUGUGGAUGGUGGUCAGCACGACUCACAUGAGUUCCUACGACACUUGUUGGAAAUAGUACGAAACGAAGAUCUUCGAAGAUACCAGAGCAUAAUUCUGAAGGAAGUUGGUCUAAACGAAAAAACCAACCCAGGCGGUGUGGAGAAAGGUCUGAAGUCUCGAAUAAAGUUUUAUGGCUACCAGGCCAGCACACGACUCUUGGGACCAGAGGCGGUAUUUCGGGGCGUCUUAGUAUCCACCUUGGAGUGUCUAGACUGCCAUCACUCUUCGCAGCGUACCGAACCUUUCCUGGAUCUAAGUUUACCCGUCACACCGGACAAACCGCAGCCGCCGAUCUUAAAAAGGAAGAACAGCGGCUUCGAAGAUACAUUUGAUACGAUGAAUACUCAACAACGCGAUUGGCAAACUACCGAUACGUCCUGGAAACAACUAAAGAAGGAGAAGAAGGCAGCGAGGAAGAACCGGAAAAAUAAGAGGCAUGAGAAUCAUAAUAAUUCUAGCAUAUUAACGGAGCCGAAUAAUCCCGUGGAAGAAAAUAAUGACAGCGUUCUGAAGUCAGAAGAGAGCGACGCUGAUGUGGAGGACAACAUCGAGGUGGACAACUUUCAUCCUGAGGUCGGAGAGUCUGGUUACAGCUCGGAGAAGGCAUCUGCUGUCGCCAGUCCCAUAUCACCCGCUGAUCACCUCAAUCAUUACUCAAGCAAUGAUCUCAGCAGUGACGUGAAUGACAUGUCCAAUCUGGAUGACGGUAACCUGGACAACAACCUCGACUCUGCACAAGUUAGACAACCGGCGAACAUUAACGCGUUAACUAGUCCUAGUCCAACCGACGUUUCGAUGACGGACUUGACUCAAAUCAGGAUGCCAUCCGAGAAGGUAGAUAGGAACGUUGGCAUCGUCAGUUCCGAGAAUGAAGCAUCUGCCGUGGCACUGUCCACCUCUUUGAUCGUCAAUUCUGACGUUACAAGCCCAGAGGCGCCUACCGCGAGUUUAAGCAGCUCUGGCGCUUCCAAGGAGAGUCCCACUAGUCCUAUCAACGGCGAUGAAAUUGCGGAGAGGUUGGACGAUGUCGAAGCGUGGAUGGAAGCCACUCUACCGAGAUGCAAUAGAAGGAAAUAUAACAAUGAGACUUCUAAUGGUGAUGAUCCUGAGAAACAGGAUUUAUGUAACGGAGUCGGUGAUAUAAUGGUUGGUAUGUCCAGGCUGGGAAUUGGUGGACACCAAUCUCCCGGCAGAUACUCGACCAAGGAAGGAGAGUGUUCUGUAGAGUCGUGUUUAAAUCAAUUCACUGCUUUGGAGCUAAUGACAGGAAGUAAUAAAGUUGUAUGUGAGGCGUGCACGGCUCGUGAAAGAAAGGGACAAGAAGGUCCGUUGAAGAUGGUGUGCACUUCGAGUACUAAACAGUAUCUCGUCUCUCAAGUGCCUCCGGUGUUGAUAUUACAUCUGAAAAGAUUCCAAACACAGAGAGUUGGCGUCCGUAAGGUUUUCAAACACGUAUCGUUCCCGAUGUUGUUGGACUUGGCACCGGUUUGUAAGAGUCACAAGAAACCUCGACUUUACGCACUUUAUGGUGUCGUCGAGCACAGUGGGAACGUUCAUGGUGGUCACUACGUUGCUUACGUCAAGACAAGACUGCCGUUACCACCGGACGAUCUCCGCUGGCAUUUUCUCUCCAAGGAUAAGCAUACAGAUGAUGAAUCGUCAAACAGCUCUAAUUCAGAGUCGGAGGGAGAGGAAGCGUCGGCGAAAGCUGCAUCCGUUGUGAAGCCUCCAUCUGGAAGGUGGUACUACGUAUCAGAUUCUCGAGUAUCGGAAGUGGAUGAAAGUACGGUGUUGCAGAGUCAAGCGUAUCUUUUAUUUUAUGAAAGGAUUCUCUGAUUCAUCGGAACAUUGCAAAACGGAACAAAAUCAGAAAUCGAGGAAGUUGCGUUCGCGUUUUUUCGACCGAGCAGACAACCGGACUUCUAAUCAAUCUUCUAACUAUAAUUUUUAAUAUCGUACCGUAUAUUUUGUCAGACGUACGAUACAUAUUUAACUGGCGCAUAUAAUUUAACAGAUUAUUUAUAUUUUGCAAAAAAACUGUAAUCUAAUAGAGAUAUCGAAAAUGAAAUUCUUACAAUCGGCUGACGAUAAAUUGCAAGAACCAUUAACAAAAUAUAAUUUUUACAAUCAGAUAUGUAUAGACCGAUUAAUCUUUGGAAAUUUGUACUCCCAUACUUCGGGAUUUUCAGAUUUCUAAAAGUUUUAUUAACAUAAACCGGAGUUACCGCGAGUUAUUUCUUUGAAAUAAACAAUACAAUGACGAGAUUAUAUUAGUUUCAAUCAACAUUUAGACAUAAUCUCUAGAGUCAGGACCAAAUAAAUAAAAAAGUGUAUAGUCCGAUGAUCAUUCAUUGUUAAAUAACUCCGGUUUAUCAGAUUUCUUCAAAGUUAUAUAGAAUACAUGGAACUUAAAAUGCUGGUAACUUUGUGUACAUUUGAAAAAUUGUUACUAUUAUUUUAUCUUUCCCGUUAGAAUUAUGCAAAGAGAAAACAAUUUCAGAACGGGAAGUCUGGAGAUGCGCAAUAGUCUAAUUUGUAAAUCAAGAUGAAUCACAAUAUUGCUGGAACAGCAUGAUAGGGAGUUUUUUUUAAUAGCAUUCUUCGAUUAUAGUAAAUGUUGAAAUAUGUUUAAUAUAAAGUAAUUUGUUACCAUGGUAAUCACAUAAUUGUUGAUAGUAUAUUAUGUAUACUUUUUGAGGGAUAUUUUUCAAUGAUGAAUCGUUAUAAAGGUUAGAAAGACAACAAUUGUAUAGUUAUGAACAGUCUCAUACUAACAUUCAUUUAAGAAAGACGCAUUAUAAAUUUCCACAUUUACUGUAAACGGAAUACGCUAUUGGCACAAAAAUUCUCUAAUAUGUAUGUUACAAUAGCAACUAAUACGAUUUAAGGAAAAGCCAUCUUUGUUGCGUUCUUAUUGCGAAUAACACUGUACACGUGAUUGCAUUUAUAAUAAAUUCAUUGCAACGGGACAGGUAACUUAUUAAUUCCGUGAUUCAUCUUUCUGUAUAUCCCUUCUAUUAUAUUUUGCAGCAAAAUAAGAUUUUAUGAUACAUUAGGUAUAUAAGGUUUUUUUGAUAUAUUAUUCAAUGGUACUAUUUUGAAAUUAAACGCCGCCUGACUCAUCGUCAAUACUACGCUCUAUACGACUUGGAAAAGAAAAAUAGUUCGUCUAUCAUAUUGUGGAUUUGUAUGACGAUUUCGAUUUACCACAGAAAUAAAAAGCAAUUUUUAUUACA